AUGUCUGCACCCAACAGCGUAAUCAUCUUUGGCCCAACUGGCGACGUGGGCUCAGCAGCAGCCCUCCAAGCUUAUAAAGAAGGGGCCAAAGUCACUCUUGCGAUGCGCGAUACGACAAAGCACAUCCCAAGCUUGUCCGGCAUCACUGCAGACAGGUCUGAAGCCGAUCUGACCAAACCCGAGACAAUCAAAGCCGCCGUUCGCCAGAGCGGGGCAAAGCUCGCAUUCAUAUAUGCGAUUUUCGGGACAUCUGACCACAUGCGCGCCAGUAUGGAUGCUCUCAAGGAGGCUGGCAUAGAGACACCCGUGUUAUUAAGCAGUUACUCUGUCCAAAGCGACAUUCGCUCCGUUUCUCCCGAUGACCAUAUCCCAUGGGUGCAUGCACAAGUGGAAAUCUCUCUUGAAGAGGUCUACGGCAAAGACGGCUUUGUCGCAGUACGGCCCAAUUACUUCGCCAGCAAUAUCCUUUGGUUCAAACCAGGUAUCCAAGCUGGAGAAGUCCGGCAUGCCAACCCCGAAGCCGAGUACGACUGGAUUUCCCCCGAGGAUAUUGGUCGAGUCUGUGGAUAUAUCUUGGCGCGAGGCUUGAAGCAUCGAGUCGUGUGGUUGAUGGGAUCUGAGAAAAGGGCGCUGAAGGAUGCGGUUGGUGUUGUUGCGAGAGCGCUUGGAAGGGAGAUCAAGGUUACCAAGAUUACGGCGGAGGAGGCGCUGGAUGAGUUGUUGAAAAAUGGGACUCCGGAACAAACUGCCAGGUGGAUUGUGCGGUACAUCACUGAGGAUGCUGGGUAUGAGUUCAAGACUGCUGUAGUCGAGGAAGCGAGAGGUAAUGUUCUCAAGUAUACCCAUCGGGCCCCUGUCAAGUUUGGUCAGUGGGUGGAUAGAAACCUUGCCAAGUUUGAGGCAUGA